CGCUCAUGCUGGAGGAUGAAAACAGGAGGCUCAGUUUGUGCUUCAGCAGCUCAGGAGAGAGAUGUGACGACACGCGCUGUGAUUUCAGGGAAGCCGUUCGGAUGAUGAUGGCUGGACAGGAACGCAACAAAUAUCUUUGUCUCUUACCAGCAAGAUGGAGCUGAUUUUACCGGAAGACAUCUGAGACCAUGAGGAUGAUGAUGUUGAGAAUGAACUUCCUCAUUAUUUUGUGUCUCUCGCUCAUAUUGUUUUGUACCCGUCCAAUCUCAUCGGCUGAUGUUCAUCAGAGGUCAGUGGUUCCCAGAGCAGCCUCCCGGUCCGUGGCAAGGAUGGACGGCGAUAUCAUCAUCGGCGCUCUGUUUUCCGUCCAUCAUCAACCCGCGGCAGAGAAGGUCGCGGAAAGAAAGUGCGGGGAGAUCAGGGAGCAGUACGGGAUCCAAAGAGUGGAGGCGAUGUUUUAUACGCUAGACAGAAUAAACGCCGAUCCAAACCUUCUUCCCAACAUCACUCUGGGUUGUGAGAUCCGGGACUCCUGCUGGCACUCAUCGGUGGCUUUGGAACAGAGUAUCGAGUUCAUAAGAGACUCGCUUAUCUCCAUCCGGGAUGAGAAGGAAGGGCAGAAGUGGUGCGUUGAAGGAAAUCCUUCCGCUCAACCGCCGUCCACCAAAAAGCCCAUUGCUGGCGUGAUUGGACCUGGAUCCAGUUCAGUGGCCAUUCAAGUUCAGAACCUGCUGCAGCUGUUCAACAUCCCUCAGAUCGCAUACUCGGCUACAAGCAUCGAUCUGAGCGACAAAACCCUCUAUAAGUACUUCCUCAGGGUCGUGCCCUCCGACACGCUUCAGGCCAGAGCUCUCCUGGAUAUCGUUAAGCGCUACAACUGGACGUAUGUGUCAGCGGUUCACACUGAGGGGAACUACGGUGAGAGCGGAAUGGAGGCCUUUAAGGAACUGGCGUCUCAGGAGGGUUUGUGCAUCGCCCAUUCUGACAAGAUCUACAGCAAUGCUGGGGAGAAGCACUUUGACCGGCUGCUGAGGAAGCUGCGAGAGCGUCUGCCCAAAGCUCGCGUGGUGGUGUGUUUCUGCGAGGGGAUGACCGUUCGAGGUCUCCUCAUGGCCAUGAGACGUCUUGGUGUAGCCGGAGAAUUCCUCCUCAUCGGCAGUGACGGCUGGGCGGACAGGGAUGAGGUCGUGGAGGGCUACGAGCAGGAGGCUGUGGGCGGCAUCACCAUGAAGCUACAGACGGAGGAGGUCACGUCUUUCGAUGACUAUUACCUGAAGUUGCGGCUCAACACUAACAAUAGAAACCCCUGGUUUGCUGAAUUCUGGCAGUAUCGUUUCCAGUGCCGCCUCUCGGGACAUCCACAAGAAAACACGAAUUAUAAGAAAAACUGCUCAGGUGAUCUAGGUUACGAAAGCCUAGAGGACAACUAUGUCCAGGACAGUAAGAUGGGCUUUGUCAUUAAUGCCAUCUAUGCCAUGGCACACGGCCUUCAUGAUAUGCACGAGUAUUUGUGUCCUGGUCACGUGGGACUUUGUGAAGCCAUGGACCCCAUUGAUGGCAGCAAACUGCUGGACUUUCUCCUCAAGACCUCGUUUAGUGGUGUGUCUGGAGAAGAUGUGUGGUUCGAUGAAAACGGGGACUCGCCAGGCAGGUAUGACAUUAUGAACCUGCAGUUGGUGGAGCCUGGCGUUUACGACUAUAUAAACGUUGGCUCUUGGCAUGAAGGCAUUUUAAGCAUCGAUGAUAAUAUGAUCCAGAUGAACCUUAGUGAGAUGGUCCGAUCUGUCUGCAGUGAGCCCUGCUCCAAAGGAGAGAUCAAGGUGAUAAGAAAGGGGGAAGUGAGCUGUUGUUGGAUCUGUACGGCAUGUAAGGACAAUGAAUAUGUCCAGGAUGAGUUCACCUGCAAAGCCUGUGAGCUGGGAUGGUGGCCGGACAAAGAGCUUCAAGUCUGUGAACCCCUUCCCUUGCGCUACCUGGAGUGGGGUCAUCCUGAAUCCAUCGCUGCUGUCGUCUUUUCAUGUCUGGGCAUCCUAGUGACCAGUUUCGUCACCUUCGUCUUCAUACUGUACCGAGACACGCCGGUCGUCAAGUCCUCCAGCCGUGAACUCUGCUAUAUCAUCUUGGCUGGCAUCUUCCUGGGUUACAUUUGCCCCUUCACUCUCAUCGCACGUCCCACCAUAGCCUCGUGUUACUUGCAGCGCCUCCUCGUGGGGCUCUCGGCGUCCAUGUGCUACUCGGCUCUCGUCACCAAGACCAACCGCAUCGCUCGAAUUCUGGCCGGCAGCAAGAAGAAAAUAUGCACGCGCAAACCACGCUUCAUGAGCGCUUGGGCUCAAGUGGUGAUCGCGUUCAUCCUCAUCAGCGUGCAACUGACUUUAGAGGUCACACUGAUCAUUUUGGAGCCACCGGAGCCCAUUAAAUCGUACCCAAGUAUUCGAGAAGUUUUUCUAAUAUGCAACACCAGUAAUUUGGGCAUGGUUGCGCCAUUGGGCUACAACGGCCUGCUCAUUCUCAGCUGCACCUAUUAUGCGUUUAAAACUCGCAACGUCCCUGCCAACUUCAAUGAGGCCAAGUACAUCGCUUUCACCAUGUACACUACCUGCAUUAUCUGGUUGGCCUUUGUGCCGAUCUACUUCGGCUCCAACUACAAGAUCAUCACCACAUCGUUCUCCGUGAGCCUCAGCGUGACGGUGGCUCUCGGCUGCAUGUUCACGCCAAAAAUGUACAUAAUCAUCGCCAAGCCAGAGAGGAACGUACGAAGUGCAUUUACCACCUCCGACGUGGUGCGCAUGCAUGUAGGAGAUGGAAAAAUUGCUUGUAGGAGCAACAGCCUGCUAAACAUGUUCAAACGCAAGAAGAACGCAUCUGGAAAUGCCAAUUCUAAUGGAAAGUCUGUGUCAUGGUCUGAACCAGGUUCAAGACAUCCUCCGAAAGGGGAACACAUGUGGCACAGACUGUCUGUACAUGUGAAGAGGCAGGAAGCCGGAUCCAAUCAGACGGCUGUCAUCAAACCCUUAACUAAUACCUACAAUAAUCCCGGCAUGGAGUUUUCCGAUUUAAGCACCAAGACUCUGUAUAAUGUAGCCGAGGAGGACGAGGGCGACCCGAUCAGAUACAAUCCCUCGGGCAGCCCUCCUCUGAUGGCUCUCAGGCAGUCGCCUGUCAGCAAGCCUAUGAAGGAAGCGGGCGCCGAUAUGACGUUUUACACUCCCGAGCAACACGUGCCACAAAAAAACAGCGUUCUCCCUCAACAUUGUAUUGCGGAUCAAGAGGUGCUCAAUUUCAGUUCAAACAUGCCCGAUCUGGAUGAGAUCAUUAGCCUGCCUGAGCCGGGCGAUGGGGUGAUUUCGCCACUUCAGCCCCAAAUAUUGCACCCGCAUCCGAUUUUGCCCAUGCAGCUGGGUGCGUACCCGGACGAACCCUCCUCCCCUUUGGAAGAGGUUGAAAACGAGCAGUUCGGGCUUCUUCACGGCUACAUGUAUGACAAUGCACAGAUCCACGACGAGGAGGAGUUGGUGCAGAUUAAAAUGGCAAUGGAGGACUCUGUGGCCCUCAUGCCACCUUCUCCAUUUCGGGAUUCGCUCGGCUCGGGCAGCCCCGUUCCCAACUCCCCUGUGUCCGAGUCUAUCUUAUGCACGCCGCCGAGCGUGACGUACGCCUCCGUCAUUCUCAGAGACUAUAAGCAAAGCUCAUCAACACUUUGAAAUUUAUUUUAGGAGAUCAUGUCAGCUCCAGCUUUGUGAAAUAAUAGCUACUGUGCUAGUUUGUGCAAUAAUUUGACUGUAAGUCGCCUGCACUGGAGAGCUUUAAUAUUAUAUAUGUUGAUUUAAAGAGAGAUUAUGGAAGUGAAUGUAUGUUGAGCAUGGUCCAAAAUUAAGAGUUGCCAAGUGCAAAAUGCGAAUACAAUUUUCCCAUCUUUCACAGUUCAACACGGACAUGGAAGCUUGUGUACCAUCCACUUAUUUUAGUAGUUAGUGAAUAUUGAUUUUUAUUAUACUGUUUUAAUUAUUUAUUUUUUUUGUAGUAGUUUUUUUGUCCAUUUUUUCUUGAAAUAUUUCAAUUUCAGUUAUUUAACUUUUUUAUGUUUUUUUAUUUUUUACUUGUAGAUAACGGAAAUGAACAAUAUAACAAAAUAAUGUUUAAUGGCUGAAAAAUAUUUUUAGUAAUUUCACCUGCAAUUGGCAGGUGUGGCAAAAAUGAUAUAUGUAAUUAAUAUUAAUAUUUGCAAUUUGUAUUAAUUUAAUACUUUCAUUUUAAUUUUAGUUAGUUUCAUUUUACCAUAUUAUCAAUAGAGUUAAUUUUGUGUUUUGUCAUUUUUAUUUAUUUAAUUGCCUAUAUAAUUUUUAUUGAUUAUUUAAUUUUGAGUUAAAUUAGUACUUUAAGUUAAACAAAAAGAAAAGUAGAUGUUGUUUGUUUUUUAAUAGUUUAUUGCCUAGCUAUUCUUUAUUCAUUUAUUUAUUUAAUGCUUCUGUUUUUCUUUUCCAUUACCAAUAAUAACCCUGAAAUGAACAUUUCAGCAUCCUAUAAUUUUUCUCAAUUCACCCGCAAUAGGCAGGUGUGGCAAAAAAGUUAAUUUUGGACCUUGAUGUCAGUGCCAGAUUGUGUAAAAGCAGGAACCAAAUGUGUAGGUGCCCUUUGAUUUGUGUCACUAUCACUUGCUUUAGUGUGGAAGCAGUAGUUGACAUGAAACCAACACCAGUCAUUGUAAUGCUGUAUAUUCUGAGCUCAUAAUAGAUCAAACGACCAUCGUAGCAAAAAACGAAGAUUUAGGAAUUCAAACAAUGUCCAGCAACUCUAUCAGCGACUAUUUCAUGUCUUUAAGGUGUUUUAUACAAUCAUAACUUUUAUAAACUGCAUUUUAAAAGUCUAUAUUAAAAUAAACGUGACCAUCAAACAGAUUUAGGUCUAGUUAAAGCAUCGACUCACGCAGCAUAUGUAUGCAGUAAACUACAAUAAGUGUAGACAACAAAUGCCUAGUAAAAUUUGUUAGCACAAUGUAGCAAACAUUCAGUAGUUUCUAAGUGCCAAUGUCAAAACCAACUGUAUUUUAUUGUUUUUAUGUACUUUUUGUAUAGUCCGUGUGUUUAAAGUACAAUAGGAAGUGUGUAUAUUAUGUUUCUUCUAUUUAUGUGUGAUUGUUUUUAAUAAUGAAGAAAAUGUAAAUAUAUAUAUAUUUCUGGAUUUAAAUGGUCAUAACAUAAAAUUAGAGUUUGUGUUAUUACAUGUACUUUUCAUUAGACAUUAACGUCUGUAUUUGGUAACUUCUCUUAAAUGUUGGUUAAAUGUUUUCAUAUCAGCUCGAAAUGCUUAUAUGCUUUAUAAAGUCAAUGUGUUUAUGAAUAUUAAAGAUCCCCUAAUGUUUAGCAGGGCCACCGACGGCAGUUUCACCAGAAUGUACCACAAUGUAGACAGUUAUAUCUUCUUGUUAUGACCAUUUAAGUCCUAUAUGACAUGAGGGUUACUAAAUUAUUCUGGGAUUUUAAGCAAUUAUUGUAUACAGGUAAUUUGUAGAUGAUAUCCGAAAUGAUUAGGCUGUAAGUUUUCUUUUUCUUUUUUUCUGUUGCAGUGCAAUAUAUGUUGUCAGAUUGCAUAUAUAGUCUUGAAACUAUACUUUAGCUUUAAGAAAGCAUUUGUGCAAUUAUAUUUUUUAAAUCGUUGUAUGAGCCUAGGUGUAGCUAUCUUAAGAUAAACCACAUGUUUAUUACAUUUACUUCUGCUGUAUUUGUCAGGAAUUGCUGAGCUUAUCAUUUUAGCGGGCAUGUUUUAUUAGGUUUAUGAUAAAUAUUGUAUAUUUUGUAAAUAAGCUCUCAGGGUUGUUGCUGCAGUAGGUGUUUAGUUAAUAAUUUCCCGAAAUGUGACCCGUUAUUGCUUUCAUAUGACCAUGUUAAAGAACUGUCUUCAACACC